GAGCGCCGUCGCCAUGCUGGCUCGACCGGCGCUGGGCACUAGGCUGCUGGUGCUCUACCAUAGCGACGACUGCCACCACGAGCGGCUGCUGUGCCAGCCGGUGGGCCGCUCAGCAGGGCACUGGGUGGCCGCCACGCCCGACUUCGAGGUGCACGACGAGAUCUACUCGGACGCGGAGGUCAUCCGCCGCGUGUCGGUGCUGCCGCCGUCGCGCGCGCUGCCGCGCGGGAUCCGCGAGGCGGACGCGUACCCCUUUUACGACGGCAGGACGAGGACGGACGACAUCGCGCCCUCGCUGGUGCAGCGGCUCAUCGCGCGAGCCGACGCCUACCGCAGCGGGAUGGAGACUCCAGUCGAGCUCGCUGCCGGAGCCGAGGCGCUGACCGCGACCGCCAGGGUGGCACUGCCACGGAGGCUGCGCGGCAAGCAGGACCCGCCCGUGGCUGCGCUGGCGGACGGAGCCUGGCUGGUCGCCGACCCGAGCUGUGGCUUCGCGCUGGGCGCCGAGACGGCUGACCCCGAGGUGCAGUGCGGGACGGCUGGGAUCGCGCGCGUCGGUGGUGUUACCGUCGCCGUGGAAUGGCACCCGCUCGCCCUCGGCUCGGCCGCUCCCGCGACUGCGGACAUCGGCGGUGCCGACGGCACGGGCGUCCUGGAGAAGGCCGAGGCGCUCGUCAGCCGCGCCCAGCGGGCCCUACGCUCCAAGGCCGACAACGACAUGUGGCUGAAGGAACAGCUCAGCAAGCUGGACAGUCUGGAGCUCGAGGGGCUCGUGAAGGAAGUCCUCUCCGAGAACGGGUCGCUGAAGGUGAAGCUCAGCGACGUGAUGGCGAGGCUGGCCAAGCUAGGCGACGCUGGAGAUCGCCCAGGGCCGACUGGCGACAGCGACGCCAGAGUGCUUGCGAUCGCGCGCACGCCCUUCGGGACCAGGCACCGCGACUUCAGGGCGUCCGUGGAGGCCAUGCAGGAGAGUUCCUGA